UUACUGCAAUUAAUUUUUAUUUAUUCUCUACUUAGAAUUUGAUUCCCAAGUGAUCCAAUUUUUUUCAUUUCCAAUUAUAUCCGCAUACGUAUGUAUACUCACUUUAUGAACGUAACUGGCAAAAAUGGUUCUCGAAAGCACUGUUGUCUGUGUUGACAGCAGCGAUUAUAUGAGAAAUGGGGACUUCAUCCCAACUCGGUUUCAAGCACAACAAGAUGCUGUCAACCUCGUGUGUCAUUCCAAAACACGCUCCAACCCAGAGAAUAAUGUUGGUCUAAUUGCUAUGGGAAGCACUGUUGAUGUGUUGGUUACCUUGACAUCUGAUGUGGGUCGAUUGCUGAGUAAACUGCAUCAAGUACAGCCCAAAGGAAACAUCAAGUUCAACACCGCAGUCAAAGUGGCUCAUCUGGCCCUGAAACACAGACAGGGCAGAAACCACAAGAUGAGGAUCGUGGUGUUUGUAGGGAGUCCCAUAGAGGACGACGAGAAGGAGAUGGUCAAGAUGGCAAAGAAACUAAAGAAAGAGAAAGUCAACAUUGAUAUCAUAAACUUUGGUGAAGAGCAAAUAAACACAGAUAAGUUGACUACCUUUAUCAACACCAUCAAUGGAAAAGAUGGAAACAGCUGCCAUCUAGUGACGGUUCCCCCUGGACCAAUGCUGUCCGAGGCCCUGAUGAAUUCCCCGAUCCUAGUGGGGGAGGAUGGAUCUGGAGCAGGACUCUCUGCAGUCGGAUUCGAAUUCGGAGUGGAUCCAAAUGAAGAUCCAGAACUGGCUCUGGCUCUGCGUGUGUCAAUGGAGGAACAAAGAGCCAGACAGGAGGACGAAGCUAAGAAGACGAACCCUGGGGCCCCCACGGAAACAGGAACACAGCCGGCCGAAUCAGCUGGAGGAAACGACUCUGCCAUGUUGGAGCAGGCCCUGGCCAUGUCCAUGAAUCCAGACUCCGCGGACCAGCCCACUCCAAGUGUUCCGGACUUCGGGUCGAUGAGUGAGGAAGAGCAGAUAGCCUAUGCCAUGCAGAUGUCCCUGGCCAAUUCUGCUGCUCCUUCAACGGAAAACACCCCAGCACCUAUGGACGUUGAUGACGAAGGAAAACCCUCGGAUGAUAAAAAGGGAGAUGAGGAUUACUCGGACGUGAUGAACGACCCCGCCUUCCUGCAGCAGGUGUUAGAGAACCUCCCCGGAGUGGACCCCCAGGACGAGGCCAUUCAGAGUGCCGUCAGCUCCAUGACCAAAGACGGCAGCAAAAAGGAUGAUAAAAAGGACGGGAAGUAGAGGGCACAGAGCUUGUAUAUAUAUAUAUGUAUCAAAACGGAACGUUACAUUUUUGUGUAUUUCAUGUUUGUGAGAAUGAGAAAUGGACAGACGUUUAAAUUUAGGAUUCAUAGAAGGUGUCAUCUUAAUGUUUACAAAUUUGUCAUUAAAAUAUGAAAGUGAAAA